AUGAAGAAAUCUCAGAACUCUGCAGACUCAACUCAGCAGUAUUCUGAGCAGGGCUUGAGGUCAUACAUCACUGUAUUGACUGAGGGGGGGGGCGGCGUCACAACAGCAGUGAGAGGGGCAGAGGACAGACUGGACACAGACACACCAGCUGGCAGAAGGGAUGACACCUCACUGCAAGGCAUGGCAACUACUGCCGCGGCCACAAGAGAAGUAGAAGAAGGUGUGGCAAUGGGAGUGAUGCUCCCGCGGCUCAUUGAUGCUGUCUCUGCCUUCAACCUGGCUUUCUUGACAGUCACAGAGGCCGCAGCCGCACCAUGA